AUAAUAGUAGGGGUCACGAUCGCGUUCGUCGGCUCCGGCGCAGAACACCACCAGAGCACCAGCCAUCUGAAGUCCAAGCCGGUCGUUGACUCCUCCGCGUGCGCGUUACUCUUGUCAAAAACACACGUCGUCGUCGUCGUCGUCGCGCAAAGUUUCUGCGAAUAAAAUUGAAAAAUAAAAACACCCGUACCAGUGUUGGACGCGCGCGUGUGCACCGCCGCGACGACGAUCCGCCGCGGGGCUGCAAAACGGAAAACACGCGCGCGCGACCAUAUACGACAACCGCGCGUAGCGCAGUAGCAGUCGGUCGUCCACCGCGCGCGUAUACACGGGAUAUGACCGCUAUAGUAGCUGUCGUCCAGCCUGACCGCUCGUAACCACUCAUCAUAAACGCAGCCGAUACAGCAGCUACAGCAGCUAUCGUCACCGGUGCACCGUCGUCACGUCGAGUCGAACGGACGCCCGCGAUCGCCGUCACCAUGACCGUCACCGUCAAAGGAGUUCCUCGUUACCACCACCGGUCGUCUUCGUUCAAGUUAUUGCGUAUAAUUUAUGUACUAUCCCUGUGCAAGUAUACGUGGGCUGAACUUUGUGGCGGAAAUGGUGAAUCGCUGAAAUACUUGCGGGGUGACGCGCUCACCGAUAAUUUGGAUUGCAUCGGUCCCAAUGGUAAACCUUAUCCUGAGUCGAUAGUAGCCGGCACUUAUAGACGCACCCACAACUGGGGAUCAUCAAGGACAGGACGCGACGCUUUUAACGCAGGCUCGAAACCCAGUCCCGAAACGGUACGAGAAACACUACUAAAAACCUAUAAAAUUAAUAAUCACAAUGAAGAUUACACGAUCAGUAGAACUGCUCGAGAAUAUGGAUCAACACCAGCAGCCAAUCGUGAACUAUGUCAAACGCCAAACAGACUGUGCCGCACCAGAUACAAUACGACUGCGCCCAUGUACGGCGUGUCACUGACGUCUGGCCAACCUGUGACUAUCGUUCAAAAAUUCCCGGAUCUGUUACAACAAGUCGUUUACGAAGUUUGCGAAUCAAACGAGUGCGACAUGGUCAGAGGAGAGUGUACGCAAACUUACGUACCAUACUUGUUCCUGGUAAUACCUUUGGGACCGGUGACACUGACCGGCCAGGAUUACGUGCUCGUGGAAAGUGGAUGCGUAUGCAAACCAAAGGGCUCCAGGUCCACCGCACACGAAUUGGUGUCUACUAUUCCGGCAAUGCCUCGUCCUUAGAGUGCGUUUAAACGUCAUCGUAUACCUACAUAUAAAAGAAAAUACACCUCGCCGUUUAUACUAUAUUUAUAUUAUCAUAUCAUAUUAUUGUCGUGUACUAUAUAGUCCAUAUUAUUGUAUAUUAUACUCUAUACAAUAAUAAAAUAUACCGUACUGUAUAUAGGUACUAUUCAAUAAAGUCAUGAGAGUUGUUCAAAAAAACAAAUGCCUUGUUGACCUCAUGACGUAACACACCCCUACUUAUAAUGUUUUUUACUUUUUCGUAUCUAUCCGUUUAUUGUUUAAGUACCUAUAUACACGUAUACGCGUGUCUAAACAUUUACGCGUGAAUAUAAGUACAGUAGCGUCACGCAUUUUUUUUUAUUAUUUUUAGGGCCAACAUAGAAGUUAAAUCCACCCGCAUCUAUCCCUGAAAACUUAACACCGAUAUACAUGACUUAGAUUAUGUAGUAGAAAGUCUGCUUGCUCACCUAAAAAACUAUAUUUGCAACUAUGCAAGUGGCAACCGAGUAACUUCCCCCUCGUAUAAAAAAAUUCUCAUGACGCAACUGUACAUUGUAUAUACCAUAGCGGAUAUACGUAUAGAUAGUAGAUACGUUAUAUUUUAUUAUUAUAAUGAUGAUAUAAAUAAUAUGAUUAUUAUUUAUUUAAAAUAAUGCUCAACUUAUGUAGUGGCGCCAAAUAUUUUUAAUUUAUUACGCGUAUACAAUGGUUUUUAUAAUAUUGUGUACCUAGUUUGCCUUACUGUAACAGUGAAUAUUUUACUUUAAUGGCUAGUAUGCUGCACGUUUUUUUUAAAAAUUAUGUGAUACUGUAUUAAUAAUCAACUCGUUUAUGUAAAAUAAUAAAUUAGGUUAAUUAUUAAUAUUAAGAUAAUUAGUCUUAAAUUUAAAUUAAUAUUUUUUACCAAAGUAUAUCUUGUAUUAUAGUGAAAAUAUAUUAUUAACAUUUCAACUGACCAAAAAAUCAGAUUCAAUUACCUACAUAAUAUAUGAUAAACGUUUUUUUAAGAAUUGUAAAACUCGGAACUCUAGUGGUAGAAUACUUUAUGAAAACACAAAAAGUAGUAGUAUAUUAUAUAGAUAAUACACUAUUAAUAGGCAAUAAAUACUAUAAAUGUAAGGUAUAGGCGGUGGGCGUAUACUUAAAGAGAUUGAUAACCUAACGGUUACACACCAUACAGGGGUGGAUUUAUUGGGGAUCGACGUGGUGAUUACAACCCCUUUCCCUUUGGGAUUUAAAAAAAAAUUAUUUCAAUUAGUUAAUUUUAUGAUGUAGAUAAUACGGUGUAGAAAUUCUGAUUUCACCAACACAUGCAGCAUAAUAAUACUAACAUUUCCAAAAAAAAUAUUCCAAAAAAUCAAUUAGGAAGUAAGCUACAUUCGUUCCCGAGUUAAUGCGUAUACCGCUAUAUACCGCUACACAGAAUUAUUUAAAGAAUCGGCCUUCUUAGCGCUCCUGGCGGCCAACGUCCCCAUUAAAUUCCGUAAAAUCAAGAUUCAAAAAUAUCUUAGUCAAAGUUCGGAAGUGACCACUGUGUAUUAUCUACAUCGUGAAAUUAACUAAUUUAAAAAAAAAAAUUAUUGACCAUAACUUACAAAUUAAGUUUGAAAGUACCAUCAUGCAAAACACGCAUGGGUUUACGCAUUUGGUGUACCUACCCAGAUAAAACAGAUUUGUAAACUGUAACUAAGAUUAUUUAAUUAAUCAUAUUAAUUACAAUAAUUGUUACCUAACCAAUGUUUGUUCAGGAUAUUUAAACUAAACUUGGAUUCUCGUAUGAACUCAUAUAAGUUAAUUAGUAAUUAAUAUAGAAAUAAAUUUUCAUUGUACUUUAUAUAUCACUCAAAAAUAUUCCUACUCGCCACAAGCUUGUUUAAGGCUUCAGAUCCGCCCCCCGAGUCAGCAUACCUAUAUAUGUAAGACCUAUGUAAGAUAUGUAUUUUAUAAUGUAGGUACAUGCUCAAUAAUUUGAAGAAAUGGAUAUAGCCUACAAUAAUAUCUUACAUGCACAUUUUAUUGCAUUUAUAUGAUUUGUAUAUAUCUAUAAAAAUAGUUAAUUUGAUAGUAAAUAAAAUUGUACAGUAGGUGCUUUUUGUAAUUUAUUAUUAAUGAAUUAUAUAUAUAUGUAUUUAUGUGUAAGCAGAAAAAAAAUAAAAUUAUACUUGAUAAAAUAAUUGUUCGUAUUU